AUGGUGUAUCAACUACGCAAAGCCUUGUACGACUUGAAACAAGCCCCUCGUGCUUGGUUCAACCACAUUGAGACUUAUUUCAUGAAGGAAGGUUUUCAGAGAUGUGCAAGUGAGCAAACCUUGUUCACUAAGAGAAGCAGUGAAGGCCACAUAAUCAUUGUAAGUAUCUAUGUAGAUGACUUGAUAUUUACUGGUGAUUGUGUGCACUUGUUGUUUGAUUUCAAAAGAUCUAUGAUGAAAGAAUUUGAUAUGACUGAUAUGGGAAGCAUGAGUUACUUCCUCGGAAUUGAAGUGUUACAAAAGGAGGGAGGAAUUUUCAUCUAUCAGAAGAGAUAUGCUCUUGAGGUGUUAAAGAAGUUUGGAAUGCAAGAAAGCAAAAUGGUUGGCACUCCUAUUGUUCCUGGUUCGAAGAUGGAGAAAGACAAGAAUGGGAUUGCAGUGGAUGGAACCCUUUUCAAGCAACUUGUAGGGAGUCUAUUCUAUUUGACUUCUACCAAGCCAGAUUUAAUGUUCAUUACAAGCCUCCUGAGCAGAUACAUGGCUAGUCCAACAGAGCUGCAUAUGCAAGCAGCUAAAAGAGCAUUAAGGUACUUGAAGGGCAUUGUGGAUUACGGUAUUUACUACAAGCAUGGUACAAACAACAAGCUACUUGCAUUCACUGACAAUGACUAUGCGGGGGACAUUGAAGAUAGAAAGAGUACCAGUGGCUAUGUCUUCAUGCUAAGCUCAGCAGCCAUCUCAUGGAGCUCGAUCGAAAAAGCAACCAAUUGUAACAUUGUCAACUACAGAGGCAGAGUUUGUAGCAGCUGCAACCAGUGCUUGUCAAGCUAUAUGGCUAAAGAGGAUCUUGGAGCAGCUCGUAUUGCGGACAUUAUGACCAAGCCCCUCAAGUAUGAUGCUUUUGUCAAACUCAGAGGCAUGGUGGGAAUGUGUGAAGUCAGUAAGUAUGGAGCACAAAUUGGAAGUCAAGAAAGUUCCACAAAACAAUAG